AUGCCGUCGUCGGACCACCAGCUGCCGUCCUUUUACUCCCCCCGAACCGACUCCCACCGGCAUCAUGACGGCGACGAGCCCGUGGACGAGCUCUCCCUCUCCCUCCCCCGCUCCCCCCCCCGAAAGCCCGAGGCUCCGGCGGACGAUGACACGACGCGGCCGAUGAUGCCCCCUCCCUCCCUCCUCUCGCCGGCCUUUACGCCCCCGCAGACGCCCGGUACGCAGACGCCGGCUCCGACGACGACCGGCCCGCGAGGCGUCCUUGUCGACAGCUCCAUCCCCUCGGGCGGCUGCGGCAGCAGGAAGCCGCGGCUGCUCGAGACGCUGCCCGAGGUCCAGUGCAUCGUCCGCGCCCGCAUACCGACCGUCGCCGGCGCCGAGAUGUUCCUCCACCUCUACUCGAACAACGUCGACAGCAAGGAGCACCUCGCCAUCGUCUUCGGCAAGCACAUCCGGAGCCGGAGCCUCGACGCGCCCCGCGAGGGCGAGACGGAGAUGGACCGCAUGGUCAGGGGCGCCUACACCGGCCGGCUCUACCCCGGACGGACGACGAGCGGGGUCGAGGCUUCGGAGCCGGCGACACCCUCGCCCUCGCCGUCGGCGGGCCAGCCGCCCCUCGUCCGCAUCCACUCCGAGUGCUACACGGGCGAGACGGCCUGGUCGGCGCGCUGCGACUGCGGCGAGCAGCUCGACGAGGCCGCCCGCCUCAUGGGCCUGGCCGGCAACGCCGCCGGCGGCAUCAUCGUCUACCUGCGCCAGGAGGGCCGGGGCAUCGGCCUCGGCGAGAAGCUCAAGGCCUACAACCUGCAGGACCUCGGCUCCGACACGGUCGAGGCGAACCUGCUGCUGCGCCACCCGGCCGACGCGCGGAGCUACGGCCUCGCGACGGCCAUGCUGCUCGACCUCGGCCAGCGGGACGUCCGGCUGCUGACCAACAACCCGGAGAAGAUUCGGGCCGUCGAGGGGCCCAACCGGGAGGUUGUCGUCAAGGAGCGCGUCGCCAUGGUUCCGCUCUCCUGGAAGGGCGAGGGCGGCUUCCGGAGUCGCGAGGUGGAGGGAUAUCUCAAGACGAAGAUUGAAAAGAUGGGCCACAUGCUGGAGGCUGCCGGGCCGUAG